GUCAAGACAAAUGUCGUAAAAUGCCUAUCAAUUUAAUUUAGCUAUUAUUAGUCCCAUUUCUAUAAUUAUUGCUUUCCUAGAUUUGUAAUCAUUUGAACUGAUUUUCAAAUAUUUAAAAUUAGUAGAGAAUACUUUUUUUAAAUGGCGCCGCACACGACACAUCCAAAAACCAAAACUAACCUAAAAUUUAUAUCGAAAAUUCGAAAAAAAAUCGAACAAUGUAUCGAUUUCGGUAUAAAUUUAUUAAUAAAUCCCGAACAAUUAUACAUUGUUACAAUAUUUAUUCUAAUAGCUGAACUUUUUAUUAAUAUUUUUGUUAUUGAAAGCGUUAAAUAUACCGAAAUUGACUGGAAGGCUUACAUGCAAGAAUGUGAAGGAUUUCUAAAUGGAACGUUGGAUUAUUCCCAACUGAAAGGGGAUACCGGUCCAUUAGUGUAUCCAGCUGGUUUUGUUUACUUAUAUUCUUUGCUGUAUUUUGUUACAUCGAAAGGAGAAAAUAUUUAUUUGGCUCAAUAUAUAUUCUUAGUAAUAUAUUUACUUCAAAUUUUUCUAGUUUUGAAUGUUUAUCGAAGAACUAGAAAGGUGCCACCAUAUGCGUUAAUAAUAACAAUACUAACAUCAUACCGGGUACAUUCAAUUUAUGUUUUACGAUUAUUUAAUGAUACUGUAGCAGUUUUACUAUUCUAUAUAAGUUUAAACUUGUUUAUUUAUACAAAAUGGAGUCUAGCUAGUUUUUUCUAUAGUUUAGCCGUUUCUGUGAAAAUGAAUAUCUUAUUAUAUGCGCCUGCGCUCUUCUUUACUUACCUUGCGAAUUUGGGUAUCAAAGGAACCAUCAAACAAUUAUUUAUAUGUGGAAUUGUCCAACUAAUAUUAGGUGCACCAUUUUUAUAUGGAAAUUGGUGGAACUAUAUAAAAGGGUCUUUUGAUUUACAACGCAUUUUUGAACAUAAAUGGACCGUUAAUUAUCGAUUUUUACCGAUUGAACUAUUUGAAAAUCGAUACUUUCAUUUGGGUUUAUUAGCAUUACAUAUAUUACUUUUGGGUAUCUUCUUAAUAUUUAAGUUAAGAAGUUACUUCGAAAGUUAUCCAAAAUUAAAAGAAGUACAGUCACAAAUUCAACCUCAAAUUGUUAAAGAGAACAGUCGUAUUAAAAAACAACAGAAAAAAGAGAAAUUAACAAAUGAACAAAAGAAAUUCUUGAAUAGCUUUGAAACAAUGUUAAAAUCUCAAUCGCUUAAUGCAAAAACGGAAGAAGUAAAAUCAACUAAACCAAAUUUAUAUUCAAUAAAUUUCGAUUCAACGAAUCAGUUAUUAGUUUUACCAUUUUUUGUUGCAAAUUUUAUAGGUAUUGUUUGUGCCCGAUCAUUACAUUAUCAAUUUUAUGUAUGGUAUUUUCAUAGUUUACCAUACUUGUUGUUUUUUACAAAUUUUCAGAAGCCUACAAUUUUUCUGAUACUAGCAUUAAUUGAAUUUUGUUGGAAUACAUAUCCGAGUACGAAUUAUUCGUCAGCGCUUUUACAUUGUUGUCAUUUUGUUAUUUUGUACGGAAUUUAUCGACAGUUGAAAUAAAAUUAUUCGUAACUAAUAAGAAACCUAAUUGUAAACUUAUAUAAAAUCGUUUAUCUUUAAUUGGAUUAAAAUUGUUUAAUUAAUAAUCAAUUCCAAUAUUAUAUUUGGCAUUAUUCAGUUUUCUAUAAUCUUCGUAGAACAAUCGUAACAUUGAAAAGAUUUUGAUAAACUAGUUUUAAGAUAUUUCUCCACAUAUGAGAGAGAGCUUGGAUUACUAAAGUACCAAUUUGAAACUGCACACCCGCUUUUAUUUAAAAUCUCAUGAGCACAAUAUGAAAAUAACCUUUAAACCCAGCAGAAAUCUUAUAAGAAAUGGCUAUAAAAAAUUCUUUAAUUCUUAAGUUUUUGACAUGUUUCGCGUCAAAACCCUUGCUUCGUAAGAACCAGAUUCAAGCAUUUUCAAGUUUCAUUGCUUAAUUUCUGCAUAUAAAGUGAAAAGACUGA